UUCUACUAAAGUUGGAAAAUUGGAAAGUAUGAAAAAAAAAAACAAAAAAAAUUCUUCACGUAUUCGUGUGUUGACUUUCUUGCUCUCUCCAUAUUGCCAUGGGAAAGAUCCAACAUGGAUCCCAUGAAUGCGAGUUGGCAUCGCCGAAGAUCGUCGGAAAUGGGAUCUGCAACAUCUGCUUCAAAGAUGAACCUGUCGAAUUCGCCUGCGACCCUUGUAACUUCGAUCUCUGCAAAGCGUGCUCGGAUCUUCCCCUAAAGAUGUCACACCAUCUCCACCCGGAGCACCCUCUAGAGUUUCGUAUUGGCGAGGAUGACCGUAAAACCAAAUACAUGGUUUGCGUCGGGUGCGGGAACAUGUCCUCUGGAACAUACUACUACGAGUGUGACAAGUGUGAGGUGUAUCUUGAUUUGGGCUGUGCACUUCGGAAGAGCAUAACAACGGGUUGGGAAGCCAAAGAAAUGCUCCAUUACAGCCAUGAACACUUGCUCAAAAGGUGUAGGCCAGGACCAGAUUCCAAAGGCUCUUGCCUUCUCUGUGAGCAACCUCUCUCUUUCACUGCAAUAUGUUACGGUUGCGUUCACUGUUACAUGUUUCUUCACGAGCGCUGCCUUGAUCUACCCACAGAGAUUCAACAUCCCAUUCAUUCUAUCCACUCUCUCAAACGCCUUGAUUAUAUACAAACUUUUGACUGGAAGAAAGUUUGUAAUGCAUGUCUUCGUCGAUUUGUUGGUGUCCCAUUUGGUUGCUUAGAAUGUGAGUUUUACCUUCAUCUGAGUUGUGCAGAUGCCUUGUUGCGGGGUUUUUUGUACAAGUCUCAUGAACACAGGCUGUUUUAUGUAGAAAGUACUCGUCGUGUCGCUAAUGAGAGAAUAAAAUCCCCAUGUCUAAUAUGCAAGGAAACUGUUACCUAUAACAAAUUCUAUUAUUUGUGCGUCGUAUGUGAUUUAAAAUGUCAUACUGAAUGUCUUGAGAUACCUGAAUAUGUGGUCAAGAAAACCUAUCACAUCCAUCAACUUAGAUAUAAAAGAGUCGGAGCCAGGGACGGGGACGAGGACGAGGACGAUUUUUUGGAGUAUUGUGGUGUUUGUGAGACGAUGUUAAUAUUAGGAUAUCCUGCAUACUCUUGUGAAGAAUGUGAUUUUCUCGGCCACAUUGAAUGCAUUCUACGCGAGGAAGAGCCUUCCCCAUUGUACUUGAAAGAUUUGUACUCUUGCAGCAAAUUAGGCUACACAAGAUCCCAAAAUCUCAAUGACCUUGUAGGAACUAGUGAAUUUGAAGAUAGAUUACUGGUUAAUAGCUUCAAUCAUAUUCAUGUGAUGAAACUGAUCCACAUGUGUGAGCUUGAGGAAGAAGGAAACUGCAACAUGUGUGGUACAAAGAUACAUGAUAAUCCUUGCAAAUGUGAGACAUGUAGCUUCCAAUCACAUGAUUUCUGUGCAGAGCUGGGGCGGCCAUCUACGCAUCAAUUUCAUCUGAACCAUGCUUUGACCCUUCUACCAAUUUCCCCAAGAUGGAUUCAAAGAAAGUGUGAGUCAUGCAAAAAGGAUGUAGAAGGGUUCAAUCUCUUCUGUCGUACAUGCAAUUUUAUCAUCCACAUCAAGUGCGUUUUGAAAGAUAAAAAGAUGCAUGGUGCAUUACGCAUGGGUCAAAAAACCAUUGGAUCAUUGGUAGGAAUUUGCAUACAAGGCAUACAUAACUUGUUUCAAGUUAUGGUCUCAAGGUCAAAUCCUAUCGCUUGUUCUAUUUGUGAUGAGAAGUUGUCUGGAAAAUCUUUGUCAUGUGUGACGUGUGGAGAUAUAUGUCACCCUCUCUGUGUCCAAGUUGGGAGAAUAAAACUACUUGGUCAUCCAUUUCACUCUCAUCACAUACUAGCAAUUUCACUUCAAGGCGGAUCCAAGUGCACCGCCUGCCAACUAGAUAUUACAAAGUAUGGCUAUCAUUGUUCCAUUUGCGAAGUCGUUUUCCAUAUUGGUUGCAUCAAAGCAGUGACACUCCCAAGCAUGAUCAAGUCUCAUAGUCACUAUCUCUAUAACUUUUGGAACAAUGAUUUGAGGGUGGCUCGAGCUUGCAGUGUAUGUACUAGGCCAUGUGGUGUGUCGUUCUACGGAUGUAUUGACUGUAUGUACAGUGCUCAUGCAGAGUGUGUGGGGUUUCCAUCUAAUGUGAAGAAUCAAAGACAUCAGCAUACUCUCACACAAAUACACACUUCUGACUGGUAUAAUUGUUUUAUCUGUAAAUCACCCACCUAUGGUGUAUUAUACACAUGCUAUCAUUGCAAGGUCAUAUUUGAAAAAGAAUGUUUCAUGUCUACGGACGACCGUGAGGAAGCAACAGAAGAGGAACAACUUCAAGACAUCUAUCUUAUGUACCUUGAGCGUGAUCUCCUUGACCUUUUAAGAAUACAAUGAGUCUUUGUGAGUAUUAUAACAGCAGAGGAUGAUCCAAUUUAAUCGAAGCCAGUGAGUCUUAUCAGUUGUGUGUUCUCCUUCCCCUCUUUGGAAUUGAAUACUGAAAAACUUCUCAUUUUCGAAACGUGUAUACAAUAGAAAGUCGGCAAUUGAAAGACUACUCUGAUGAAAUCUUAAUUUAGUAUGCCUGCCUCUCUAAAAUGCAACUUCAGUGAACUUAAGUUAUGUUUUAAAAUUCUGUCAUCUUCUCCUUAUGUUUAUGAUCCACCAUUGUGUGGAUUGAGUUCGCAACAUGUUUAUUUGUUCGAUCUUGGAUUUGUGGUUUUCAUUAUUCUGAUUGUCAAGUUUGAUUUCUCCUUGUACUGUAUACCUGAAUUAAUGGUGAUUUCUCCAAUUGUUGGUAUGGAAUAUAUACAGUUGUUUUAA